AUGUUUUUUCCCAUCAUUUAUCACUUCGAAGCUCAUACAUCAAACGGAAUGUUUAAGUCGAGUGACUUAAACAUCGUCAUCAACCUACCGAAAAAUCCUGAUGUAAAUGUCGUUGUUUCGGAAUUGGAAACAAAUCACACGCACGAUAAUGAGAUUUUAACUCAGAAUGGAAGAGAGCAGACAAUGCGCAAUACAUUUUCAAGUUCUUAUCAGUCGAUGAUUUUAUAA